CGACUGUGUCACGAUCGGAUCCCAGCGGAGAGGGCGCCUGGUUAACUUUCAGAUUGCUGGUGGAACCCCGUGACUCCUCCCCUUUCCUGACUCUUGGAAGUUUAGGAAAUUUUACAGUUUUGAAUGUUAGCAACUGAAAAUACUGGUAGACGAUGAAGCAUCUGAAGAUGACUCGGAUUCAGUUUCCUCAAACGGUAAAAGAACCACUAUUUUCCAAUAAGAGACUGUAACCAUUUCUGUACACUAUGGAAGAUUUUGACAUGGUGAAAACCUUACAAAAAACUUCAUCUGUAGAAUCUGAUAUCAAAAAUUCUCCCCAUUCUCAUGGACUGAGCUUAAAUACUAAUAGAAGUAGUCCCCACCUUAGUACAAACGGGGUGUCCUCUUUCUCAGGGAAGACUGGACCACCUGCCAUCCAAGGGACAGUGGAAGUGCUAGCCUCUUUCAUGCAAGAGCUACAGAACGGUGGCAAGUCUGAUUCAGAACUCUGGAAAAACUGUGAGGCCAGGUGGUUACAGUUGUUCAAUUUGGUGGAAAAACAAUGCCAAGAACAGAUAGUUGCCCACCAGGAACAGUUCCACAAUCAAAUUCAACGUAUACAGGAAGAGAUAAGAAAUUUAAUCAAAUUUCAGAUCAAUAAUUCUUUGUGGGCUUCCUGUGAUACAAGUUCUUCCAGCAAACACGUGUCUUCAGAAAGUCAAAUGGGUUUUUUUUCUGAACACAGUGAAAGAAAUGAAUCUGCCACUAGUUAUCCUGAGUCUAAGGAACCUGAGAUGCAGCAAAGAAGGGGUGCAUCACGAGCAGACUGCAGUGUGGACAGUAGCUCCAUGAGCAGCGGCUAUGGCACCUGCGUCUCAGAAUUGAACAUCUGCAAAUCUAAAGACCCCGCAGUGCGCAUGGAGCACUCAGGCCUUUCUGAGGGGCAGAACGCAGGGCCUGGGGUCCAGACAGAUUCACCUGGAGGGGGCGGGGGGCCCGGGAGUUUUUACACACAGACUCCUGAAGAGUUUUGUACAUCUUUAAAGGAAGAUAUUAACAAUUUUCCUGGUGAAUUUGAUCAUAAUUUUCUUGGUGAAAAUAAGAUUUCUGAAGUAUAUAGUGGAAAAGCAAAUAGUAGUAAAUGUGUAACAUCAUGGGCACAAAAACUGAAGCAGAACCAACCAAAGAGAGCACAUGUAGAAGAUGAAUGCUCAAGAUCGAAGCCAGCGAAUGAGCAGAGCAAGAAACCUUCAGAGAAAUCUGAUUUUGCUGCUGCUGCACAUCCUCGUGCUUUUUACCUCAGUAAACCAGAUGAAAGUCCAAAUUCUUGGAUGUCUAAUUCAGGAACAGGACUGACUUAUUGGAAACUGGACAAGAAGGACAUGUAUCACUCUUUGCCUGAAACUGUGGAGAAAUCACUCAUACUGUCCUCUGCAGAUAGGUCACCAAGCCAGUCUAAUACUAGUAAUGAGAUGAAGCUACCAUCACUGAAGGAUAUUUAUCAUAAAAAACAAAGGGAAAACAAGCAGUUACCUGAGAGGAAUCUCACUUCUGCUUCCAACCCAAACCAUCCACCAGAGGUACUGACUUUGGAUCCGACGUUGCACAUGAAGCCAAAUCAGCAGAUUUCAGGGACUCAAACAUGUGGCUUUCUGAAUGCCCUUGAUGACAGAAUAUCUUACUCACCAGACUCUGUUCUGGAACCAAGUAUGUCGAGUCACUCUGACAUCGACUCCUUUUCACAAGCAAGUAAUGUCACUUCUCAAUUAUCCGGGUUCCCAAAAUACCCUUCAAAUACAAAAGCCUCACCAGUGGACUCCUGGAAGAACCAUACAUUCCAAAACGAAAGUAGGACCAAUUCCCCAUUUCCUUCAGUAUAUACGUUGACCAGCAAUGACAUCUCGGUCAACACUGUAGAUGAAGAAAACACUGUCAUGGCAGCUUCAGCCUCGGUCAGUCAGUCCCAGCUUCCAGGUACAGCCAACAGUGUCCCAGAAUGCAUUUCAUUGACUUCUCUGGAAGAUCCUGUGAUAUUGUCUAAGAUUAGGCAGAACCUGAAGGAAAAGCAUGCUCGACACAUAGCAGAUCUUCGUGCUUAUUAUGAAUCAGAAAUAAAUAGUUUGAAGCAGAAGCUAGAGGCAAAAGAAACUUCUGCAAUUGAAGAGUGGAAGAAAACCAACCAAAUUCUUAUAGAUAGAUGUGGCCAGUUAGAUAGUGCUUUGCUUGAAGCUACUGGUUGUGUGAGAACAUUGGAAAAUAAGAAUAACUUUCUGGAAAUAGAAGUGAAUGAUUUGAGAGAACGCUUCAGUGCAGCCAGCAGUACUUCCAAAAUUUUGCAGGAACGAAUUGAGGAAAUGAGAACAAGCAAUAAAGAAAAAGACAAUACCAUCAUUCGACUAAAAUCUAGACUUCAGGAUUUAGAAGAAGCAUUUGAGAAUGCUUACAAACUUUCAGAUGAUAAAGAAGCUAAGUUAAAACAAGAAAGCAAAAUGUUUCAAGAUCUCUUAGGAGAGUAUGAGUCCCUGGGAAAGGAACACAGACGAGUAAAGGAUGCAUUAAAUACAACUGAGAACAAAUUACUUGAUGCGCAUACUCAGAUUUCUGACUUGAAAAGAACAAUUUCAAAACUUGAAGCUCAAGUGAAGCAAGUGGAACAUGAAAAUAUGUUAAGUCUGCAUCAUAAUUCUAAAACUCACAUGAAACCCUCACGUGCCAACAUGCUAGGGACCUCGGACGUCAGCAGGCGGAAGUGGCUGAUCCCGGGCGCCGAGUACUCCAUUUUCACUGGCCAGCCGCUGGACGGCCAGGACGGGAGGGUGGAAGGCCCGCUGGAACGACCCUGUGGUCCUGGGUACCAUUCUCCUCUGCAAAAGGAUUCUUCCCCUGGAGGUUCACCAGCAAGCUUAUUGAUUAAAAAACAAAGAGAGACUUCAGACACACCAAUCAUGAAAGCUUUAAAAGAACUUGAUGAAGAAAAAAUAUUUAAACAUUGGGGGACACAGACAGAGAAAGAAGAUACCUCAAAUAAAUUAGUGAAUCCUCAGCAAACUGAAUCUUCAGGCAACGCAAGUCAUUCCCCGGAGAAAUGGCCCCAACAGAGACAAAAGAGACAGAAUUCUGCCUCCCAGAGAUCAUCAUCUUUGCCACCUUCAAAUCGCAAAUCCAGCGCUCCAACAAAAAGAGAGAUUAUGUUAACACCUGUGACGAUGGCUUACAGUCCAAAGCGAUCCCCUAAAGAAAAUUUGUCCCCAGGAUUUAGUCAUCUACUUAGCAAAAAUGAAAGCAAUCCAAUUCGAUUUGAUAUACUUUUGGAUGAUUUAGAUACUGUUCCUGUGUCCACAUUGCAACGACCCAAUCCAAGAAAGCAGCUCCAGUUUCUUCCUCUAGAUGACUCAGAAGAUAAAAGUAUUUCAGAAAAGGCCAUCAACAGCUAUGCUAGUCAUAGCUCUCACCCUGAACCCUUGCCGAAUGGAGUGAAGACCGUUUCUAUGCGACCAGCCUUGGAGAAGAAUAAAUCAGUUAGCUAUGAGCAGUGUAAGCCUGUUUCAGUGCCACCACAGGGUAAUGAUUUUGAAUAUACAGCAAAAAUUAGGACCCUAGCUGAAACGGAGCGAUUUUUUGAUGAACUUACAAAAGAAAAAGACCAGAUUGAGGCAGCCCUGAGCCGAAUGCCUUCUCCCGGAGGAAGAGUCACUCUGCAGACGAGACUGAACCAGGCAGGCGGCGGAACCACUGAGGAAGCCUUGGAAGAUCGUCUGGAAAGGAUCAAUCGAGAACUAGGUUCAGUUCGCAUGACACUAAAGAAGUUUCAUGUGCUGCGCACCUCUGCAAAUCUUUGAGAUUUGUGGCCAUUAAAUUUGGAACAUUUUUGGGCCGGGGAUUUAGCUCAGUGGUUCCACCGCCUGCCUCACAAGCACAAAGGUCCAGAGUUCAAUCCCCAGUACCAAAAAAAAAAUUUGGAACAUUUUUGUUUGCACUAAUGUAUAAUUAAGCAUUCAGAAAAGGCAGUUUAUUUUGUACUGUUUAUAAGCCUCAAGACAGUUUUACAAUCAUGCUAUUCUUACACUUGCUAUUUUAUACUUCAAAUGACCACAUAUUUUCAAGAUAUUUUUGUUAUGCUCAGGAAUCUAUUGUGUAUUUUACUAUUUAAAAAGCAUUAUUUUUAAAUAGUAUGUUUUCACUUUAUAUCAAGAAUAAGGAAAUGUAAAUAGGGAAGGCAGCUUGUUUCUAAACAAAUAGUGUUAUCCUUUUACAGUGAACUUUGCACACCGGUUUUAUAAACUUGUUCUACACUGUAAAUAUAAAUGAUUUAAAAAAAAUAAAUGCUGACAGCUUCCAUAAUGAUAAACUAAUACAUGCUGAAUAUGAAAAGUAUAGCAUACAUUGGAUUUCAGUUGUGUGGGUAUUUUCUUUUUUGGUACCUGGGAUCGAACUCAGGUCUUUACGCUUGCGAGGCAGGAGGCGGAACCACUGAGCUAAAUCCCCAGGCCUUGUGUGGGUAUUUUUAAAAACUGACAAUAUAGGCUGAGUACAGUGGCGCAGGCCUAGCAUGCAGGAGGAUUGAGAGUCUGAGGCCAGCCUGGGCUACAUAGUGAGACUCUGUCUCAAAAAAAACCAAACAAAUGCAAUUCUUAUUGGAAACAUAAGUCUUAGAGUGAAUAUUAAAAUAGUAAUACUAGACUAUUGAAAAGCUUUGAAAAUUACAUAAAUAUAACUCUUUAUUUCCCAAAAACUUUGUAAGGAAAGAACGAAUACAAAGAGAGGAAUGUAACUCUCUAAUGUCUUACAUGUGAAGUCAAGCAAUUGGAGAGCUACAGCUUUCUGCCCAUCAUUCUAAAUGGAACUGUACCCACCCUAGACAGCAAAUGGAUGGCUGGAUGGAUCUUUUGACAGAAUGCAGGCCAUCACCCAGAGCAGCUCUGGGUUCCUUAAAGCACAUGGCUUCAGUUGCCAAUCAAAGUUGUUGGCCAGUCAUUUCACCUGUAUCCACUUCCUCCACUCCUGCUAAGAAGAAAAAUACAUAGUAGGUGCUAUAAGAACCUCAGUUAGGGCCAGGGGUUUAGCUCAGUGGCACUGCGCCUGUCUCUGAAGCGCAAGGUCCUGAGUUUGAUCCCUGGUACAAAAAAUAAAACAAAAAAAACCUCAAUUUGGGACCAGAGUGAUCUGCUCUGCUGGUUAACAGACAGGGAAUGUGUUUACACAGAGCCCGGUGCCUUUCACACGGCCUUGGUAGAGGGCUGCAGCCCAGGGCCUCAGCAGCAGCAUCUCCUCUCUGUCCUGGGGCCGGAGGCACUGCUUUGAUCCCGGAGCAGUAGCACGUUUGUGUGGGAGCUGCUGCUUAGAUACAGGCUACUCUGUUUUGCCUUCCUUCCAUGUUUUGGUGGCCAAUCAGAGCCCAGUGCCCACAUAUUCCAGCUUGGUAUGUGUUGCUAAACAGACACAGCCUUAACUUUCAAAACUCAUUCCCACUGACAAUACUCAGGUUUUAAUUUUUGUUUUGCUCUUUGAGCUUUUUUCCUUCUGUGGCUUUUAGUAAUAGGUAGUUCUAGUGAACCAGGGUGUGAAUAUUGCCUUUUAAGCACUGUCUCAGACGAUCUUUGAGCACCUUUCACCAAAACUCUCCCAGCUCAUCUCCAGGCCUGAGGGCCACAGCCCUGUUCCCUUCUCUGCUUCAAGGGCUUCUCAGCCAGGAGGGCCGCUUGGGACAGAGCAGCCAAGCCUCUGUGCUCAUCUUCUGCAACCACCUGAAGACUGAGUUAAUCAAAAUUACUUGUCAACAGAAUCAAGUACCUUUAUUCUUGAUUUUUUUCCUAGCCUCUUUUAAAUUUAUUUUUAUUUUUUGGUACCAGCGAUCGAACUCGGGUCCUUGUGCCUGCAAGGCAGGUGGUAGAACCACUGAGCUAAAUCCCUGGCCCCUAGCCUCUUUUUUUAAAUCUCCCUAUUAUGGUAAAUAAGAAGUUAAUUUUCGUCAAGCUGUGUAUAGCUUGUAUCUAGGCCAAGUAAAGCGGUUGACUUACUGGUGAUACUCCUGUCUUUCGCAUGUUCUGGUAUAUGACAUUAAAAGCCAACGAAGAUUGUUAGGCUGUGUCAUUGUUCUCCACUUUAUUGUAAAGUUGGCUGCAUUCUUGAGAAUAAGGAAAUUGCCAUUUCAGAAGAGACGAUAGUUUUAUCUUGCCUAGGAGUUAAUCUUCUUAGUAGCCUGUAAUUGGCUUAUUCCAGAAAAGGCACUAAGUGCCAUCAAAACAUCAUCUGUGCCUCUCAGAGGGCUUUGAUUUUGGAAGUAAUAGGUUGAAGCUAUCACUUUCUUAAUUAAAAAAUUUUAAAAAUUCUUCAUAGUUGGCAGAAGGAAACCAAGGAACAUUCUUACAGCUAUGUUCCCCCUUGGUAAUGCUUACCUUAGGAACACUCAACCCAAAGUGGCAAUCUUAAAGUGCAUCUAUUGUCCCAGGGAGGUAAACUUUUUCUGCUGGAGCUAUACUGCACUUAAAACCUACGUGACUCUUCCACUUCUGGGAAGUGCCUUUUAGAAUAGGAAUGGAAGGCGUGCUCUUCUGAUGUUCCCAUCCUCCCAUUCCCCUGUUAAGGAACCUUCUGCUUCUGAGGGCGUCUCCAGCUAAACCAAUAGCAGCUUUGGCUAAAGCUGGGUCAGUCACUGCUGGGUACAGCGGUUAGGGGUUGGGAAAAAGGAGACUAGGGCAGGAUAGACCUGGGCCACACCCUGAGGCAGGUCUGCCCUCCUCAGCUUCGAAUAUGACCAAGCCCUAAGGAGAUCCCUUUCAUUACAGGAGAUUAGGGAUGGCCAAUGCCUGGUGCUUAGUGAACAUGUAACGAACAGUGGAUUUUAGAUUCAUUAUGAGUUGAGUGGGUUUUUGAGAUGGUGAAUUCUUUUAAAAAUAGAAAAAGAUUGUGUCCCACGCAGUUGAUCUAAAAACCAUCUUGGGUUGGCAUUUGUCAUGUGACCUAAGAUACUCACUUUGCAUAAAAACAGGUUUUCUUGGAGUUUAAGAAUUUGCCUUUAAUGUGAGGGGGUUUUUUUAUGACUAAAAUUUUAAAAAAUAAACUGUCAAGUUUAGAAAACACUUUGAUCUGGUGAUUGGGGAGUUGAUAUAAAUAUAGGCUAGUCCUGAAAAUUAUUGCCAGUGUAGGUUUGUUCGGUGGUGCUUGGUUUUGAACCAGGGCUUUCUGCAUGUUAGGCAAGUGCUCUACCACUGUGUGCUCUACAGUCUCCCCACCAGUGUAGUUAAAGCAAUUUUUCCUUCCUGUGUUCCACAAGAGACCCUCUCAAAGUGAUUCCUGUGCCUCCCACUGAGCCCUAGAAGAUUCACAUGGAGAUUGAUAACCAGCCUGAGAGCAACCCCCUUUUUUUGUUUUUUUUGGUACUGGGGAUCGAACUUGGGACCUUUUGCUAGUGAGGCAGGUGGCGGAACCACUGAGCUAAAUCCCCAGUCCAGCAGUUCCCUUUUUAACCCAGAAAAACCAGGUACUUUGCUGAAUGCUAUUUGUUUUGUUUUGUUUUUUUGGUACCAGGGAUUGAACUUGGGUCCUUUGUGCUUGCGCAGCAGGCGGCGAAACCACUGAGCUAAAUCCCCGGCAGCUGAAUGCUAUUUGAAUUCUGAACCCUGCACCAGUAUAUGUAGUAAAGUUAAAUAUCACUUUUAAUUUUUAGAUGUCUCAAUAGCAGUUUUCACUAAAUUUUUAUGUGCUACUUGAGCUGCAAGUCUUUUAAGAACCCUUAAAAAUAAAUGUAUACAAAAAAAAUGUAUACCUAGAGCCCUUUAGGAAGCAUAAAGGUAAAUCAUACUGAUGUCCUGAGUCAUGUAUAGUUAUGAGAUUUGCAGGUCUGAUUAAUUUGGUUAUAUUGCAUGCAAUAUGCCAGCAAUAAUUUCCUGCCCUGCCAAGAGCUCUAUGGUUUGAUAAUAUAUUAAAUUACACCAGUAUUCUUAGGACUUUUGUUAGUCUUUUUUCUGUCUGGUUUGCUAUAUUUCACCAGGGUCCUCAGAUAGAUGAGGGAUCAAGCCAUAAAUUUGCAUUUUCGGGCCAUUGCGUAUCAUGUCAUCACUGGGACUGCAGAUUUCAAAGAUAAUUAUGUUUUACUCACAUUUAUUCACUCUAACCAUGACCAAUAAUGUGAAAAAAUUGCUUCGUAUAGUGCUGCUGAUGGUUAGACAAAGACAAGUACUUGUUGCAGUUUUUAAUGUAGUCAGAUAUUGGAGUGAUGCAAUUGUAAGCUCCAGGAGAGCAGGGACCAUGCCGUCUUCACUCUCACUUAUAAGCACUCAAUAAAUCUUUGUAUGCGCUGUGA